AUGUCGCAAGGAGACUUCAAACUUCCACCCGAUCCCGACUUGGAGAAGACUUUCCAGCUCGAUGGCUACCUCAAGACUUAUGAGCAUGAGAUCAGGAGAAGAUAUAAGUGCUUCUACGAUCUCGUUACCAAAAUCGAGAAAAAUGAGGGCAGUCUGGAAAAAUUUUCCAGAGGCUAUCAAAUUUUUGGUGUUCACCGCAAGGAGGAUAAUUCCAUUGUUGCAACGGAAUGGGCCCCGGGUGCUGCUGGGAUGUAUUUACGUGGAGACUUUAACAACUGGGAGUUUGAUGAGAAGUAUGCAUUUAGGAGAGGUGAUUUCGGUCGAUGGCAUUUAACAAUUGCUCCAAAUCCAGAUGGCUCCAGUCCUAUUAAACAUGAAAGCAAACUCAAGCUUGGUGUCAGGUUGCAUAAUGGAAGUAUAGUUGAUCGCAUUUGUCCCUGGGCAAAGAUGGUGGCGCGGCCGAAAACUGUGCCGAUAUUUGAGCAGAUAUUCUGGGAUCCUCCAGAGAACCAGAGGUACAAGUUUAAAAAUGCUCACCCUCGUCUGACGUCUGGUCUGAAGAUUUACGAAAGCCAUGUUGGCAUUGCUUCCUGGGAAGGAAAAGUUGCCAGCUACAAAGAGUUCACACAGAAUGUCAUCCCGAGAAUUGCAGAUCUUGGCUACAAUGCGAUCCAGCUGAUGGCAGUGAUGGAGCAUGCUUACUAUGCCAGUUUUGGAUAUCAGGUGACCAGUUUCUUUGCAGCCUCGAGUCGCUACGGCAACCCCGAGGAGCUGAAAGAGCUGAUUGAUGUAGCACACUCAAAGGGCAUCAUCGUGCUGCUGGAUGUGGUCCACAGCCAUGCUUCCAAGAACACUGUGGAUGGUCUGAACCAGUUUGAUGGAACAAACUCUUGUUACUUCCAUGAUGGUCCCAGGGGAACCCACGACCUGUGGGAUUCUAGACUGUUCAACUAUACUGAGUGGGAAGUGUUACGGUUUCUGUUGUCCAACCUGAGGUGGUGGAUCGAGGAGUAUCGCUUUGAUGGUUUCCGCUUUGACGGUGUUACAUCCAUGCUGUAUCACUCUCAUGGAAUGGGACAUGGGUUUAGUGGCCACUAUGAUGAGUACUUUGGUCUGAACACGGACACAGAUUCACUUGUCUACCUGAUGGUCUCCAACCACUUGUUACAUUCCCUGUAUGCCGACUUCGUUAUCACGGUAGCUGAGGAAGUAUCAGGCAUGCCAUUGCUUUGUCGACCGUUGAUUGAAGGUGGUGCUGGAUUUGAUUACAGACUUGCAAUGGCCAUACCUGACGUAUGGAUAAAGACCCUGAAGCAUUCGUCAGAUGAAGAAUGGGACCUGGAUGUAAUUAUACAUACGCUGACCAAUCGUCGAUACGGUGAGAAAUGCAUCGCAUAUGCUGAGAGCCAUGACCAGGCGCUGGUAGGCGAUAAGACUAUUGCAUUCUGGUUGAUGGACAAGGACAUGUACACACACAUGUCGGUCGUUAGUGGAGAUAACCUGGUCAUCGACAGAGGCAUAGCUCUGCACAAAAUGAUACGCCUCAUUACGAUUGGUCUCGGUGGAGAGGCUUAUCUUAAUUUCAUUGGAAAUGAAUUUGGUCACCCAGAGUGGCUGGACUUUCCUCGAAUUGGCAACAACGAGAGCUUCCACUACGCCCGAAGGCAGUUCAACCUUGUGGAUGACAAGAAUUUGAAAUAUCGCUUCCUGAACAAUUUUGAUCGAGCGAUGAUCCACUUGGAGUCCAAGUACAACUUCCUGCAGCACCACCAGAAUUACGUGAGUCUGAAACACCAGGAUGAUAAAGUUAUUGUGUUUGAGAGGGCAGACAUCCUUGUGUUCAUUUUUAACUUUCACCCAAACAAGAGUUACGCAGACUACAAGAUUGGAGUUCAGGUUCCUGGCACCUACAAAGUUGUUCUAGACUCCGACGCAGAAGAGUUUGGUGGUCAUAAGAGGCUGGACCAUAAUGUUGUGUACCGGACUUUCCCAGAACCUUGGAAUAACAGGGCCAACCACAUAUUUGUGUAUAUACCAAGCAGAACAGCCAUUGUCCUAGCCAAGAUUGACUAA